AUGGUGAGGAAGGCGGUGGAGCUUGGUGUUGAUGGUUUUGUGAUGAUCAAUACUAUCGCAGAUAGAGGGGACGACCUCAAUCUGGACAGGUCGGUCGGAGACAGCAACCACGGAGAGAAGGGUGGCAUCAGUGGCAAGCCCGCCCGACAACGAGCGAUCAAUCUCGUACGACACGUCUAUAAAGUGACAGCAGGAAAGGUCCCUAUCAUUGGUUGUGGAGGAGUCUUCACAGCUCAGGAUGCUUACCGUCUGAUACGGAAUGGGGCGUCGCUGAUACAGGUAUAUACUGGUAUGGUAUACGAGGGCCCAUGGGUGUUCCGGGAUAUCAACUGUGGUUUGGCUGAGUUGCUUCGGAAAGAUGGCUACAGCAACGUUCAUGAGGCGGUUGGUGUCGAUGUGAAAAACGAGUUUUAUUAA